ACAGCCUUGAUCUGGACAUGUAACUUAGCAACUUGUGAACACAGAUAUGUUUUUGGUAACAAAGACACUUUCAGUCAUCACACAUGGACAAGAAGGAAUUGUAACAAUGUGUAGAGAAUAGACAUAGAAAUGAUAAAUGACAUAGAGAUAAGAAUGUGGCUAGUACCUCAAGAAUAACUUUUUAACAAGAACAUUAGCAGCUGUUAUACCAACUGACCAAGCGCAACAAAAAGGUGCCUAUAAAAUGGCAGAUCCAAUGGUUGACCACAUGACAAGACUGAGACUGAAAAUGCUGGAAAAGAGACUGGAAAAUGAGAGAAAUGAUAACAGUGAACGGGAAGGUUCAGCAUUUUCCACAAGAAGUUAUGAUGGGCAGGGAUAUGCAUUACACAGUGCUAUGAGGCGCAAGAGGAACCUACUGCAGAGACUGAGGGAACAACAUAUGAUGGAAGAUCUAGAAAGGCCACACACGUGGGGUGGAGCCCACAGGCCUUAUAAUUAUAAACCUCAGCCUUGGCCUCCCCAGCAAGUACCUCCUAUUCACAUUCACCAGAUUCCUGCACCCCUUCCUCCUGGCCCUCAAGCGCCUAGAAUCAUUCAACACACUGUUCCACAACAGCCAGCUACCAUAAUUCAGCAGUUACCACAGCAACAGCCUCUCAUAGCUCAAAUCCCGCCCCCACAGACCUCCCCUUACAGAUCAGGAAGUAUAAAAGAAGACAUGGUGGAGUUAAUGCUCAUGCAGAAUGCUCAAAUGCACCAGAUCAUCAUGCACAAUAUGAUGCUGAAGGCCAUUCCAUCAGGAUGGGGUGCCAGCCAGGUCACACCUUCACACCUUUCAGGGCAGCAACUUCAUUCAAAUGUAAGAGGGGCCGUCCAUCACCACCAUCACUACGGUUCCCAUGGACCACCUCUUCCUCCAAUUGGUUGCUCUGUUUGGCCCCCUAUGAUGCUAGGUGGGCAAGGCGGGGCUUAUCAGCCAUCGGUGCAGCAUGUAAUUAGUCCAGUAACUCUGCCUCCUUUAAACACGAUGACGGUUAAUGAUGUGAACUCCAGGGCUCCACUUGGCCUCUAAGCCAAAUUGAAAGUGCAAAUCGAGCGGACAAAUCCUUCUUCACCUUCAAAGACAAAUUCGAUAUUAAAUGUUUUUGUAUUAUCUGGUACUUUAAUUUACUGUAAUAAAUGUACAAUAAGUUAAAAAAUUAUGUUAUUGUAGUUUUGAUUUUAUAUGUUGUUAAAUACAUUACUCAGUUGUACUAAUUUAAUCGUUACAUGGCACUGUAAAAAAAUAAAGUUACCUGGUUGCCUUAAAAUUUUGAGUUAAUUCAACUUAAAAAAAUAACGAUGUCGAUGUCAAUAGGCUAAGUUGAAUUAACUCUUUACAA